AUGAAGAAGAAAGGACUCUUACAGCGUUGCUUACUCGCUCCAUUCAGCCUGCUGUAUGGAGCGGUAGUAACAACUCGUAAUUUCCUUUUUGACAUAGGAAUACUCCCUUCGGAGACUUAUCCUAUACCUAUUAUUUGUGUGGGGAAUAUCAGCGUGGGAGGGACAGGCAAAACGCCCCACGUAGAGUAUAUCAUCAAACUACUGCAAGAUGAUUACCGAAUAGCAGUUCUGACACGUGGUUAUAAGCGUAAAAGCAAAGGGUUGGUCGUCGCAACGGAAAAUUCUACAGUGGAGGAGAUUGGCGAUGAACCAUUACAGAUAAAGCUCAAAUAUCCUAAAAUUCAGUUGGUCGUAGAUGGCAAUAGACGACGUGCUAUGGAUUAUCUUAUGUCCCUCAAGGAAGAUGAGCGUCCAGAGCUUGUCAUUAUGGACGAUGGCUUUCAGCACCGCUACGUUAAGCCCUCCUAUUCCGUCCUGCUGAUAGAUAUUAAUCGUCCUAUAGUUGCGGAUUAUCUACUGCCCUUGGGUAACUUGAGGGAGCGUGCAUCAGCUCGCUACAGAGCUAAUAUGAUUAUCGUAACGAAGAAGCCUAAGACCUUUCAACCUAUUGAUCUAGUGCUUUUUGAGCGUUGUCUAGACCUAUACAAGUAUCAGCAUCUAUAUUUCUCUGGGAUAGAGUAUCAAGAGCCACGACCUAUUCUGAGCUUGAGAGCUAAAGAGCCUAUGAGACCGACGAUAGAGCUGAAUAAGCGUAGUAAGGUGAUCGCGGUAUCAGGUAUAGCCGUCCCAACGCCUUUCAUAGAGUACCUUAAGGAAACGUACUCUUAUGUAGAUAGUAGAUGCUUCUCGGAUCAUCACAACUUCUCAAGGAAGGAGCUAACAGAGCUAAAUGAGUACUAUCAUAGCUUGAAGAUGGUGGUUACAGAUGAGCUGUAUUUCAUCUGUACGGAGAAAGACGCAGUACGCCUAUCAGCUCUAAAGGAUUAUAUAGAUGAGGAGCUACUUCAGCACUUCUAUUACCUACCUAUCACCAUAACAUUAGACAAUAAAGAAGAGGAAUUUAAGACAUUAAUUAGGCAGGCAGCUGAUGCCUCAUUGCCUACUUUACAAUAG